UCGCUAGUCGCAGGAGAGCAAAAUCCCCGGGAAUUGACCAAUACAAUCGGCCAACAAGUCUUCCUCCCACUCUCUCUCUCCGUUCGAGAUCUCGUUCGGAUCUCUGAUUCUCAUCGACAUCAGGUCUGGACGCGACGUCUAAUUCCGACGGUGUCUCUCUCGUGAAUAAAAAAAAAUUUGCCGCCGCUUUUACGAGGGUGACGAUCUUUAACAGAGAGAGGGUCGAUGACGGCGACGGUGGACGACGGAGAUUUUCGAGCCAGCGCGGUGGGGACAGCGCGUCGGAUGGAACAUUUUCCCGCGUCACGUCACGUCGCAACGCGCCGUGUGACAGACGCAACUGUCACGCCUCCGUAAAUCGUCGCCGUCGUCGUCGUUGUCGUCGUCAUCGUCGUCAUCGUCGGCAGACGGAUUAUCUUCGUUGUUGUACGAAGAAAGAAAGUAUAAACACGCGCAACAAUGGCGAUGGGCAAGGGUUUUCGCGUUUACGAGAAGCUGGAUUCACCCAAACCGCACUCGGUCAUACUCGAGCAGCGAAAUCGCAAGGAGACGUUGCUCUUCGAGUCGCAGGCGGUUGCUGUUCUUUCUGCCGAGGAGCACGAGUUUCUGAAACCGAAGUACACCAAGUUGGUGGACGCUUACGGAUGUCUGGGUGUUUUGCAACUGAACGCCGGCGAGAACACUUUGUUGUAUCUUGUUCUGGUCACCGGAUGUUUCUCCGUCGGCAAGAUCGGAGAGUCGGAAGUCUUCCGGAUAACGCAGUCGAGUUUCGUGCCUCUGUUCUACAGUCAGGGAAUGGAGGAUCGCGUGUCCGAGGUCAGAAAGGUACUGAAUUCGGGAACGUUUUAUUUCUCCUGGUCCGCCGGACAGGAGUCGCUCGACAUCACUCUGAGCGCUCAGAGAAGAUGCAAAGCGACCACCACGGAUAACAGAUUCUUCUGGAAUCGAAUGUUGCAUAUUCAUCUGUUGCGAUACGGCGUGGACACGAGUCAGUGGCUGUUGAAGGCGAUGUGCGGUAGUGUGGAGAUCAGAACCGUUUACGUGGGUCACAGACAAGCGCGAGCGGUGCUCAUGUCUAGAUUAAGUUGCGAACGUGCUGGUACCAGAUUUAACGUAAGAGGAACCAACGAUGACGGACACGUGGCAAAUUUCGUGGAGACGGAGCAGGUGAUAUACAUCGAUAACGAAGUGACCUCUUACGUUCAAACCAGAGGCUCGGUACCUCUGUUCUGGGAACAGCCCGGCAUACAAGUCGGUUCUCACAAAGUUAAAAUCUCACGUGGUUUCGAGACCUCCGCGCCCGCGUUCGACAAGCAUCUGAAUAUGAUCAAGAAACGAUACGGUCAUCAGGUGAUCGUUAAUCUUCUCGGCUCCAGUCUGAUCGGAAGCAAGGAAGGGGAAGCGAUGCUGAGCCAGUUGUUUCAAACUCAUCACAAUAUGUCGGAGCACAAGGACGUGCCGCACAUCUUGUUCGAUUAUCACCAGGAGUGCCGCGGUGGAAACAUGAAGAACCUGUCGAAGCUGAAGUCCAAAGUCGAAAAGUACUUGGAAUCGUUCUCGUUGUUCUACGCGGUGGGCAAUGACGUGUACAUGGAACAAACUGGCACCAUUCGAACAAACUGUCUGGACUGUCUGGACAGAACCAACUGCGUGCAAACGUUCUUCGCCCUCGAGAUGCUGGCCAAGCAGAUGAGUCUGUUGAAGCUGAUGGAGAAGCAGACGAUGGUCUCGAGAUUUGAGGAAGUGUUUCGCCAAAUGUGGAUCAACAACGGCAACGAAGUCAGCAAGAUAUACGCGGGCACCGGCGCCAUUCAAGGCAGUUCCAAGUUGAUGGACGGCGCGAGAUCGGCAGCCAGAACGAUACAGAACAAUUUACUGGACUCGAACAAACAGGAAGCGAUCGAUAUCUUAUUGUUAGGCUCGACGUUGAACACGGAACUAGCUGACAGGGCGCGUUUGUUAUUACCCUCGAACAUGUUGCACGCCGCGCCGAAUCUCUUGCGAGAGAUGUGCAAGCGCUAUAACGAAUACGUAGUCACAAUGAAUCUCAGGGUGAGCGUCGGUACUUACAACGUCAAUGGAGGAAAGCAUUUUAGAAGCGUAGUUUAUAAAGAUGUAUCGCUAUCUGAUUGGUUACUCGAUGGACCACGCAAAUCGUCUCUGGUAUCUCUGGAAGCAGCCGAUAAUACCGUUCCUGUAGACAUAUUUGCAAUAGGUUUCGAAGAAAUCGUUGAUCUAAACGCCAGCAAUAUAAUGGCUGCCAGUUCCGACAACGCGAAGGCCUGGGCGGAGGAAUUGCAGAAGGUACUGUCCAAGGAUGAGGACUACGUUCUUGUAACGUAUCAACAGUUGGUCGGCGUAUGUCUGUACCUGUUCAUACGACCGGUGCACGCGCCGUAUCUGCGGGACGUGGCGGUGGAUUGCGUGAAGACCGGAUUGGGCGGCGCAACUGGGAACAAAGGUGCUGCGGCAAUUAGAUGCGUGCUAUACUCCACGUCUUUUUGCUUCGUGUGCGCGCACUUUGCCGCUGGCCAGUCCCAAGUGAACGAACGUAACGCGGACUACGCCGAGAUCACGAGGAAGAUAGCAUUUCCAAUGGGCAGAACUCUGAACACUCACGAUUACGUGUUCUGGUGCGGCGACUUCAACUACAGAGUCGACAUGGACAAGGACGAAAUGAAGGAACUGAUCAAACGCAACGAAUUCGACGAGAUACUCCAAUACGAUCAAUUGAGGGUUCAACAAGCCCAAGGAAAUGUCUUCAAGAAUUUUUUGGAAGGUCCGAUCACUUUUGCUCCUACAUACAAAUACGACCUGUUCUCGGACGACUACGACACGAGCGAGAAGUGUCGCCAGCCUGCUUGGACCGACCGAGUCUUGUGGAAGCGUAGGAAACAAGUUCCUGAUAUUGAUUCGCCUACAGAUUGGAAUCCGGGAAAACUCAUAUGUUACGGUAGAGCGGAAUUGAAACAGAGCGAUCAUCGGCCAGUGAUCGCCACCAUCGAUAUAGACGUGCACUGCGUAGAUCCCGAGAAACGCGAGCGCGUAUUUCAAGAGGUGAUACAGGACCUGGGCCCACCGGACGGCACGAUAGUAGUCAAAGCCGUGGAAGAUGUCGAGGACACGGACGUGUUCGAUGACAAUCUCAUGUCGGCGCUGAUACAAGAUUUGUCUCAUAUAGGCGAGGCAAUUCUGGUUCGUUAUGUCGGCGAGACCAUCUGGGUAACGUUUCGAGACGGUCAAUGUGCUCUGGCCGCUGCGAAAAAAGGCAUGACGCAGGUGUGCGGUCAGACAUUGACACUGUCUCUGAAGUCGCCCAAUUGGACAGAGUUGAUCAAGAAGGAAAUCGAGAUCUGCAGCAAUACCACGGCACAGUUUACGACAAAUUCACCUUUGAGAAGUCCCAUGCAGCGACUCGAACAGUUGGAAAUCGGGGAUCGAUCGUCCCCGAGCAGAAGCAAUCCCAACGGCGUGGUUCCGCCUAGGAGACCGGCGCCACCGACUCGACCUCCCCAACCACCCAAAAGCCCGGCUCAUGAACGAAAGGGACCACGGGCUGGUGUUUUUAGCGUGACGCCCAGUCAGUUUCCCAUUCCGGCGUCAUCCCCGGUCGCAGAUAAAACGGAGGACGAUCAGCAGGAAGACCCAAGACUGUCACCCGACUCGGCUAUCUACGAGGAGAUACUGGACGGAUCCAGCUAUCCCGUGCCGAAUCGGCCGCCGCCCCCGUUACCGCGCAUGGAAGGAUCUCAAGAAACUUCGAGCAGACCCCCGCCUAGUUCGAUACCUCCCCCGUUACCGCACCGGCAAGCUCCGCCGCCUCCGCAGCACCCACCUCCAAGUUUACCUCCGUCAAACGCUCCGCCGCCUGUUCCGGCGAGAACCACCGGCGGGCCGCCCAUUCCUGCCAGAAAUCCUCACUGAACAAGGGACUCAAGGUAGACGUCCGCUAUGUUUAGCGUUUAUUUUAAUUAAUAGCCUAUAAAUAUUUAUGAGACUAAAAAAAAAUGACGAGACGACAAGCAGUCGGUUGAUUUCUCGCUUCCAAACUAAGUUCCAGAUUCACGUAGCGUAAGUAGGAAUUUGAAUUACGUUUUGCGAUUUACUUCAAGAGCGGUAUACACACCAAGCAGUUACAGUGUUUAAGUUUUUAGUCUCGAUCGCGUACACGAUUAAUUGUCCAUUCGCAAUUAAUGUUAAUUACGUAUCCGUAAGUUGUUAUUGACCUCGAAACACUGGCGUGUGUUGAUAGUAGCGCGCAUUAUUGACCCCGUUGAUCCAUUGCAGUGGUUGAAUGGAAACUGUUUUUUUUUUAUCUUUUCGUCACAAAUAGAACAAAGAAUUUAUCGUUUCAGAGAGAUUGUAUCAAUUUAUAUGUGUAUAAAUUGUUGACACGACAUUUAGAGAAAGAGAUAAUGUAUAUUCGAAAGCUGUUGAAAAAUUUAGAUGUGUCACGAACAAAUUUGUAGCAAUCACAUCAGAGAGUAUUUACAUAUAUAGAUAUAAAUAAAUGUUGCGGUAACAAUGUUAUAGUUUUACUGUCGCAUUGCUUGUACAUUUAAUAAUUUAAGAUGCAAGAUCCUCGUUGUUAGAACAGUUUCUGGGGAGAGAGAGAAAGAGAGAGAGAGAGAGUCUACACCGUUAUAUCUUAGUGUAAAUAUACCAAAAAAAUUUGUCUAUAAAAGGACACGUCAAGCAGCGAAUUUAAUUUUACAACUAAAUAAUCAUACGUAGUGUACAGAGAAGAAAAAGUUGCACACUCGAACACAACAUGUAUUCCCACGAAUGUUGAGUAAUCGCCAAUUUUUUUGUUUUUGUGAAUUUCUCUCUUUGUACGAGGAGUUCAACUCGAAGACCCCCUUUGAAUUAAGAAGCCACUGCUGAAGUAUGGUAAUUUUUUAACAACCGAACGUAGCUAAAUGUUAUUUUUUAAAGUCUUCCCAGAUUUCGUACUAAAGACAGCUAAUUUAAUUAAAUCUCUAAUUAGUCUAAGCUUUUUCCUACAUAAGUUUUUGCGAUACGUGUAAUUUUUGUUUUUAUUUCGUCUGAUGUUCCUACGACUUUUACAUUCCGAAAUUUCUGUGAAACACAUUUCAAUCCCGUGUAUAUUGCUUCCCUUAAAAUUUAAGACGUGAUCUUACCUCGAUUUUUUAUUUUUUUUUACGUAGGAGACAGUACCAUAAAUGUCUUUGCUUACGGUCUCCUAUUUUGUGCGUUCGUUUGAUAUUCAGAUUUUUUUUCACUGCGUUUUCAGUAGACAAACAACGAACGAUGCGAGUCAAGCAGAAAAAAAAAAAAAUGAACGCGAAUACAAGCGUUUUAGAAAUACGUACAGCUUGACAGUUGAAGAAUUGAGAAUUACAAAUUUGUAUAUAUAUAAAAAUGUUCGUUCGCGUUUUAAUCUUCGUUAUUCCGAAAUUUUCAGUUACGACGUAAAAAACAAAUGCUCCAGUCAUGGGAAAGUGGACACCGUACAUACAUGCGCGUGAAUUAUUGUCACGAAAUGAAUGUUGAUUUUAUAGGCAAGAAAGAUACGAGAACUACAACUAAAAAUUGUUCCACAUGCAAUACUCUUAGAAAACACAACAGGUUAUUCUGUACCUCAGCAACAUGCAUUUCAACAUGCUUGCGCACGCCUAAUUUUCAUUAGGUAAAACGAUCCUUUUACUUAUGUAAGAUGUAAAACAUAUGGAUGUAUAUACAUAUAUAGGCAUUGAAUGGAAUCUAAUAAAAACCACGUGAGGAAAAUUGAAAGAACGUUGAGUCUUAAAAAGAAAAAAAAAAGAAUUUAUUUCACCUCUAAGCUGUAUAAAAGAGAUUUGAUUUCGAUUCGAUUCUUGAUCCUAUUACAUUAUUGUCAUUACGUCUCUGUGUGUGUUUGCCGGGAUCGAGGAAUGUGUGUGCGAAGCGAUCCUCGAUGUUUUCUUUUUGUUUCAUCACUAGAAACAAUUAUGUAUAAUACGCAUACGGUAUGCAGAUAAAAAAAAGGAAGCUUGUACAAAAAAGAA